AUGAAAGGCAAAACGCCUCAAGAGACUAAAGAGAAGCUUGGAAAACAUUAUGGUGACUGUGCACCUUCGAUUAGAACAGUUUAUAAGUGGUUUCAAAAUUUUCGGAGUGGCCAUAUGGGCACAAAAGUGUUUUGGGGAGUCUACUCUAUCGAGAACGCAAGUUUUGAGUGGCAUAAAGCAUUCAGUGAGGGUCGUGAGGUCGUAGAAAACUUGUCUCAUGCGAGUCGUCCAUCCACCUCUGUUAACGACGAUAACAUGGAAAAAGUGAAGGAAAUUGUGCUUGAAAAUCGUCGUGUUGGCAUUAGAGAGAUAGCAGAAGCUCUCAACAUCUCUUAUGGAUCGACUCAACACAUUUUGGUUAAUGUUUUGGAUAUGAAGCGCAUCGCCGCCAGACUCGUACCGAAAGACCUGAAUUUUCCAGCCUGA